UCGACAGAAGGACUUGCGGCGGGCCCGCUUCGGCCGCUUUGCUGGCCUGGUCUGCUUCUUCGUGUGACUGUGCGCUCAGUCCGGCACCAUGGGGAAGCGGGACAAUCGGGUGGCCUAUAUGAACCCAAUAGCAAUGGCCAGAUCAAGGGGUCCAAUCCAGUCUUCAGGGCCAACGAUCCAAGAUUAUCUGAAUCGACCAAGGCCUACCUGGGAAGAAGUGAAAGAACAACUAGAAAAGAAGAAGAAAGGCUCCAAGGCAUUGGCUGAAUUUGAAGAAAAAAUGAAUGAGAACUGGAAGAAAGAACUAGAAAAACACAGGGAGAAAUUAUUAAGCGGAAGUGAGAGCUCAUCCAAAAAAAGACAGUAUUCAUCUUCUUCAUCAAGCUCUGAUUCUUCCAGCAGUUCUUCUGAUUCUGAAGAUGAGGAUAAGAAACAGGGAAAAAGGAAAAAGAAAAAGAAGAACCGUUCACAUAAAUCUUCUGAAAGCUCCAUGUCAGAACCUGAAUCAGACGAUAAGGAUAGUUUAAAAAAGAAAAAGAAGUCAAAGGAUGCAACUGAGAAAGAAAAGGACAUUAAAGGACUCAGCAAAAAAAGAAAGAUGUAUCCUGAAGAUAAACCUUUAUCACCUGAGUCCUUAUCAGAAUCAGAUUAUAUUGAGGAGGUACGAGCAAAAAAGAAGAAAAGCAGUGAAGAACGAGAAAAAGCAACAGCAAGUAUCACUUAUGUUUUUAUAGACAACAGUGUAGCUGUUUUCGUUUAAUGUGAAAUGAGUCAUGGUAAAGCAUAAUUGCAUUUACUGGGACCAAAUAAGUAUUUAUUGGGAAUGGGGUAGUGUUGAGCAGCUUCACUUAAUGGGUUGGAGAAAGUUAAAUAGGCUCAGGAACAAGAAAGAAUCAGUAUCCUGGUAGCAAACAUCUCCUGUUUCCAGUUCCGUAUUUUACUGUUAGAAAUGUAAGCUCAGACUUCUUUUGACUUUCUUAAACUGUAAUAUAAAAUAUGAGCUUAAAGUAUGGUGAUUCCUUUCAUCUUCAAUAGUAGUUACUUCCAGAUCAACCAAACCCGGUGAUAACAGAAAAAGCCUCUCUAAGCACAAGCUGCAAUGAAUAAUAAGCAGGAAUGUGGCAACAUAAAUGAUUCAUUAAUAAAGAUGAUUCUUUUGAUCAUUGCAAAGCCAGCUCUGCUAUUAUGCAGAUUGAGAAGUAGGAAAGGAGAGAGAAGGAAGAGGAGAACAGGAAAGUGGAGGUGAUAUCCAGGUGAGAAGCAGACCAACCUAGAGCACGUGGAUAGCAGAUUAUCAAACAGUAAUGUGGAUCUCAUCAGCAAAGUAACUUAGGAGCACUCAGUAUGAAUGUGGGCUAUGGCCUUUAAAGGCAUUUUCUCAGGGAGAGGUAAUAGAUAAAUGAGAACGGCAUCAUUUGUAGGCUUGAGGGUAAAUACCCCUUCCCAGAAUUUCCCUAGCUCUUAAAGUAAGGGUGCUUCUCUGAUAAGACAGUUCACCUGGUAAUGUAUGAUUCAGAAUUAACAUUUUAUAUGCUUCAAGGUGACAUUUGAGAGACUUUUUUUCUGAAUGGGAAAAUAAUUUGGGUAAAGACUGCUUUGAUCCUUGGUUCAGAUUUAUUAAUUAAGACAUAAAAUUAAUUUUGGGUAAUUCUAAUUUGUAUUUGCCUACUUCACUGUUUCAUGCAUUCAGCUAGCAUGUAUUUAUUAAGCAUCUCUAUGCAGGCACUGUUCUAGAUCUUGGUAAAACUGUUAUAAUGGAUACAGGAUAAGAGGGUGAUAUGUGAGAGAGUGACUUUGGGGAAGGAAAGCCUCUCUGAGGAAGUUGUGGAAAGUUCUAACAGAUAAGGAAAUGCACAGGAAACUUUGUUUUUGCUACCCUUAUAUGUCUCUUCUCUUUUCUUGGUCUUUAUUUUCUUCCGAAUAUCAGCUACUAGUCUAUCAUUUGAUACCACCUUUCCAAGUAUCUGUUUCUAAAAGUUCUACCUUCUCUUCUACAUCAGCAACAGCCAUGAGAGUCAGAGUUCAGCAAAAUUCUUGCUCCCUUUAUCCAGUAACAAUUUGACUACUUUUACUAGGCUUCAAUGGCAUUUUCUUCUAAAAAUCAAACAUCUGUUUUACUAAGCUAAAUAGACUUUUCAACCUUACAUCAAUAUUUUGUACCAGUUAGUUGUUGUUAAUUUCAUAAUUAAAGCAGUGCUACCAGUCUAAGCAGUACAUAAUAUCUGUGAUCCUCUUUACUUAAAAAUAGCAGCUAUAAUAUAUCUGUUCUCUGAAAACUUGCAUUUUACAAAAACAAUUGUGUUUUGCUCUGGUUUGAGGAUUCCUUUGCAGUAACUACAAUUACUUCAACUUUAGAAAUU